AUGGGGGAAGUUUUCGGCUCGAUUGUGGGAACUGGCGUGGGAUUCUUCAGCAAGUUUGACGAUGAAAUGACGUGGAACGGCAAGUGGCUGCACCACCAAGACCUCGACUACCUCGAAAUGCGGAAGUGCGACAUCCCGGACGGAAUCAAGGAGACGAUGAAUGACGCCAACAGAAUGAGCCCAGAGCGACGUUUGAAGGACUUUGACUUCCCGGGGCCGGAUGAAUGCGGCGGCAUUGGAGCGCUUGUCCUCUUGCAGGUGCCAGACCAUAUCGUGCGCCAGUACCGCUUGAACAUGAUUGAGUCGAGUAGUACGUGUGGGGCUCGCUGGGACCAUGACGACAAUAUCUUCACAAGCUUCAAGGGCACGUCUGAGUCGCUCAAGGUGCCCAGUGCUUUAAGGCCGAGCGAGUAUUGGUCGCUGGAGCAACGUCCGUGGCGUGGUCUGAUACUGACGGAGGGCAGCGUUGAACCAGCGACGCCUUCACUCGCUGUUGCUGCAUGGGCAACCAAAAUGGUUGGCGGGGGUGGGCUCGCCAACGGGAGCGCAUGCGCCUCCGGGACCGAGCUGGUCGAACUCAUUCUGAAAUUCGCGGUGACUCACCACUCUCCAGCCCAAGCAAGACCCGCCCAGCGCAGGACUCGCGAUUCGAACAGCGUGCAAGCCGUCGGAGCACAUGGCGGACUCGCACGUGGUAGCAGCAGCGGCGUGAUGCUGCCUCGCUCGCUAUUUGCAGUGCUCGGCGUCUUAGCCGCGCUCGCGAGACUGAGCCGCAGGUAUCUGCAGAGUGCCACGGCUGUGGCACUUCGUGCUAGUGGCCGACAUGAUAAUGCCAAGAAGCUCGAGAAGAAGACCAAGGACGCCAUCAUGCUGCUGCUGUUCCUGCUUAUCCCGUUCGUCGGUAUCACGCCCAUGUGCUUCGACCUCGACACGGAGCCGAGCUGUGCAACUCCGACCGAGGACCAGGACGGACUGCAAGGCCACGGACGCCACGAUCGUGGUGUGCAUGACGUGCUCAAGGCGGUUUGUUUCGCAUGCAUUGAAUAG